UGUACCAAGGUAGUAGAAAGGUGUUUAUUAAUCUAUGAAAUGGUACUGUGAUUUUUAUAGAUAAUUCAUAAGAGUUACGAUUGCUUUAGCGUUUUAUCUUACCUUAUCUAGGGCCAUCAUUCAAUAAACUUUAGCAUUUAUUUAAAAGCAAGGCUCAGGUUACCUUCAGUACUACGAGUUCUAGUCUAGUCAAGUCUUUACAAAGUCAAGUAUUCAACUUAAAAUUAGUUAACUUAAAUAAUAUAAUUCUGAAAUAUACUUACAGUUACACUAGCUACAAUUACACUUAUACUUUACAGUGUUUGGAAAAAGUUCUGUGUUUCGAUCAUUAUGGUUGUAGAUUACUGACAGUGAUACUGAGCCAUAGCCUCGGUGAGAACUCGUAGGUUACUGAAAACAAAAAUCUGGGCUAAGUAAGAUCUCAGUCUUGUCUGUCUCGUUUGGGUAGUGAAGACUGAGUUCGUAAUUGUGUAACUGCGUGUCAGAUAAACUGAUAUGUAACUAGUGGACUAAUGGUAGUCUUGUAUUCAUGAUUCACGGAAGAAGAUAAACCAAAUAAAUCUCAAAAAGAAUAAGAAGCCAAAGACUCGGAAAGAGGGUUUUGUUAAAGAAUAUUUUGGAUGAUCCUAUGCUCAUAUGUCUACAUAUGUAAUCUUCAAAAGCAUUUUUGAAUGUUCAGCUAACCACAGAAAAAAAAGUUUGGUCAAACAGCAUAGUGUUGUAAGUUUUAGAAGAGCUUUGAUUUUGAAUGCUGUUUAUUGGUGGUUCACUUUCAUCAGCACAAGAUGACAUCGUCUGUGGCAUCUCAUGCGCCCAUGUCAGAAUAUCAGUGGGCCUACUCAUUGGUGGACUCUUCACGGGUAUCCACAUUCUUAAUAUCAAUUCUUUUGAUUGUUUAUGGCAGCUUUAGAUCAUUAAACAUGGAACAAGAAGCUAAACAGAAGCAGAAUGAAAGAAAUGGUCAAAAUCAAGAAAGUAAUGUACAGACACUAGACACACUCCAAGCCUUAUGUCUACCCCUUGGAGCAUCCAUAUCUCUCCUUAUCAUGUUCUUUUUUUUUGAUUCAAUGCAGGUGUUAUUUGCCAUUUGUACAGCCAUCAUUGCUACCAUUGCAUUGGCUUUCCUGUUGUUGCCGAUGUGCCAGUACAUUAUUAGGCCAUGUUCUGAUGGCACUAAAAUCUCUUUUGGAAUCUGUGGAAGGUUUACAGCUGGAGAACUAGUUUCAUUUUCUCUGUCCAUUACUAUUGUUUGUAUCUGGGUCCUAACUGGGCACUGGAUUCUUAUGGAUGCAAUGGGCAUGGGACUGUGUGUGGCAUUUAUUGCAUUCGUAAGAUUACCAAGUUUAAAGGUAUCCACUCUGCUGCUUACUGGUCUGCUCAUCUAUGAUGUCUUCUGGGUUUUUUUCUCAUCUUACAUCUUCAAUGCAAACGUGAUGGUUAAAGUGGCAACAAGACCAGCUGAUAAUCCGGUGGGCAUAGUUGCCAAACAAUUUCACCUGGGGGGAAUGGUCCGUGAAGCCCCAAAACUUUCACUUCCUGGUAAACUGGUGUUUCCAAGUAUGCAUAAUAAUGGCCACUUCUCGAUGUUAGGACUUGGGGAUAUUGUAAUGCCAGGGCUCCUGCUUUGUUUUGUUCUACGGUAUGAUGCUUACAAGAAAUCUCUGCUUAGCUCAGCUGAAACUGGAGUGCCUCCACCAAACCAAUUAAACAAGAUAUCCUACUUCCAUUGUUCUCUAAUUGGUUACUUCUUAGGUCUUUUGACAGCAACAGUAUCAGCUGAAGUAUUUAAAGCAGCUCAGCCAGCUCUGCUGUAUCUGGUACCCUUCACGCUUCUUCCUUUGUUUGUAAUGGCCUAUUUAAAGGGAGACCUAAGACGAAUGUGGAGUGAACCUUUCAUCACCUCACCACCAUCCAAGCACGUAGAAGUCUGAUAAUGAAAAAGGGUAAACAUCCAGCUGUAUCCAGGAAUUAAGUCAUUUGGGUUGACUUCAUGACUUCAGUUAUGUUUGACAAAGUGAUGUGUUGUGUAUGGGGUGGUUGUACUCAGUUUCAGUUUUGGUUCACAGAAAGUUGAAACAUUUAAUGUGAAGGUGGUGGAAUUGUUUGACCCUGAAGUUAUCGUGCAAGCAGACCCCAGAACCUUUGUUUUUAGAUUUUGCUUUGAAAAUAAAGCAUAAUUAAAUGUAUAUACCUAAAUAUUGUUGUGCUUUCAGCAGUAUGUCUUACUACCUACUUGUAAUUUUAGUAUUGUUUUUUUGUAAAUUUCUAAGUUUGAACAUGUGGAACACAAAAUACAGCUUGUUGAAAAAAUUAAUGUCAGUUGUUAUUAUUUUUCCUUUAUGAAUUUAUAUUUAAUAAUGAAGUAAAAAUGUGAUAUCUGACGAAAAAUGGGUAAAAUUGUGCUCCUUUUUUUGCUCAGUAUUUUAAAAUUACUGGAAAAGUUAACAAACAACAUAACAUUUGGCUGAAUUUUUAUAGUUCUUGUUCAUAAACACAUUAAAUGAAAAAUGUCCACUUAAAAUUUUCCUUUAUUUUAUU